UUGUAUUUCUAUUCACUUUGAGUUUGUGCUUCCGUUUUAUGUUUAUUAACCUCUUAGAUGUUUGAUCAACUGACUUUAACUGGAGUUCUUCUUUUAGCGUUUUUUUUUCAUACACAUAUUUUAUGGAACUGCUACAAGCAAAGUUUCAAAGCCAUGAAAACCCCUGACUUUGAUAACAAACGGCCCCAUAUAAACUGCAAAGGGAAAUGAGCUCACAGGGAAGCAAAGCCAUUCGUGAAACUGUGAAAGUGUAAUCAAAUAAAUUCGCCAGCACAAUAAUACCACUGACUGCCGAGGAGUACAAAGGUCAUCCGUAGAAAAUGUGCAUAAAAAACUGCGAAAACAUCAAAUUCGGGGACAGUAACGAUGGAGACAACUGCGAAGGUGGAAAGAAUAACGUCAUCCAUACUUCCGGUCCGGGCUACGAGUAUUUUCAAUUGCAAUUGCAACUGCAGUCCAAGCUAAACAAACAAAACAAAAAGGGUUCGAAAUUGCCCAACUUAAAGAUUCUAAUGUGUUGUUGCUACUUCAUAAUAAUAGUAUUGAUGAUUUAAAUAGAACUCAA